CUUGUGACAGCUGGUGCUAAAUAUUUUCCAUAUGUGUGCAAAAAGUUACUUUACGCUUUUCCGAGGAGGUGUGCUUACGCAAUAGUGUUUCUAUUUCUCCUCUGUUCCAGUGCCUUUCAUUUCUGUUAUACUUUGGAAAAUCUAUGCAGAGUGUCAGGGACUUGAGACAGAUAGAAAACACAGGCGUCUGUGUUCUGCAUGAGACGUAUCAUAUCAUCUCAGAUCUGUACAGCAGACCAGAAUGCGAGGACUUUACUCUGCUUUAGUCUUUUUCAUCUUUUUGUCCUGCAUCAGGGCCAAGAAGAUAAGGUGGUGCACACUGUCAGACCCUGAACAGAGGAAGUGUGCAGAACUGGCUAAAGCUCUAGUGGCUGUCCUGCCACCAGCUGCUGUGACAGCUUUUGCCAGACUUUCUUGCAUACGUGCAUCCAGCACGAGUGACUGCAUCGAGAGGAUCAGGGCAAACCGUGCUGAUCUAGUGACACUAGAUGCUGGAGAAGUUUAUUCUGCUGUGAAGCAGUUUGGCCUCAUUGCAGUUGCCAAAGAGAUAUACGCUGAUGGAGGCUGCAUAGUGUCUGUGGCUGUGGUGAGAAACAGCAGCUUGGACAUAAGAUCCCUGCAGGGCCUCCGAAGUUGUCACAGCGGGGUUCGGUGGACGGCUGGAUGGAGUCUUCCACUUGGCUUCCUACUGUCUCGCAACUACCUGAGCUGGUCCAAGGAGCAGCCGCUCAGUCAGGAUGUCGGUAUGUUUUUCAGUGCCAGUUGUAUUCCUGGUGCUGCUGCCAUGGCGCCUCCUCUGUGUGCGCUGUGCCAAGGCCAAAAGUCCUACAUUCGCCAGAAGAAUUACCACUGUGAAACAUCACAUAAUGAGCCCUUCUACAACAGCCAAGGGGCCCUCAGAUGUCUCAGCAGCAGAGCAGGGGAUGUGGCAUUUGUGGACCAUCUAGCUCUGGAAAGUAUUGAAGAGGAUGGGAGAGAUGACUUCAGACUGCUCUGCACAGAUGGUACUCAAGCUCCUCUCAGUCACUACAGAAACUGUAAUCUGGGACGUGGUCCAGGAAGUGGCAUGGUCACCAGGUUCAACUUCCGCAAGAUUGCUCGCAAAUUUUUAGUGACUACGCAGAUGCUGUUUGGAAAAAGAGGAAAAGAAAGAGAACGCUUCCAACUCUUUAACUCAUCCUCUUUUGGAGAAAAUGACCUUCUCUUCAAGGAUGUAACAGAUAAACUGGCAAUUCUAGCAGAAGACAUGGAUGUCAGCCAGGUGCUGGGGCUCGAUUAUGUUGCACUCCUUAAAGGUCUUGGACAUGAAGGAAGCUCACUGGAGGACAGUGUUGUCCGAUGGUGCUGCAUUAGCCACGCAGAACAGAAGAAGUGUGAGCAGUGGGCUCUGAGUAUUAAGUCAGACCCACUGGUGUGUGUCAGAGCCGUCUCACUGGGGGACUGUGUGGAGAAAAUUAAGAGGGAUGAGGUGGAUGCUGUUUCACUUGAUGCCACUCACUCAUUCAUCGCAGGGAAAUGUGGCCUCGUCCCUGUUGUGACAGAGUAUUAUGGAAAAAGAUGUGUACCUGCUGCUGAAGGAUCAACACAUUUAGAAACAGACGUUUUGCCCUCAGUAGUAGGUGUGGCAGUGGCCAAACGCUCCAGUAGAAACAUAUUCAUUGGGAACCUGGGAGGCCGGCGCUCCUGUCACAGCUACAUGUACAGUCCUGCAGGUUGGCUGCUGCCGCACAGAUACACACUGAGCCUGGAUCGGAACAGCAGCUCACCCUGUGACCCAAACCAAGUGUACAGCGAGGUGUUUUGGAAAGGCUGUCUUCCUGGUGCCCGGGGGAAUUUGUGUAAAGUGUGUAUGGGAGGCACUGGGGAGGCUGCAACCAAACGCUGUGCUGAAAACCAUAAUGAGCGUUACUAUGGCAACAUGGGAGCUUUAAGGUGUCUGGUGGGAGAUCCAAGUGGUAAAAGUUAUGGAGAAGUGGCUUUCCUCGAGCAACACAAUCUUCAGACCAACAUUCUCAGUUUGAGUGCCACCGGCUGGGCAGAUGGAUGGACUUCUGCAGACUUUGAGCUGCUGUGUGGGGAUGGUCGUCGGGCCCCGCUGUCGGAGUGGGAGAGCUGUAAUCUGGGUGUCAUCCCACCCAACACCGUCAUGACACGGCCAGUGCUCACAGCACGAGUGUACGACUUCCUGAUGAAGUCACAGGAAACUUUAGCAGCUGGCCCAGAUGCAGACUUCAAGCUUUUUGAGUCGCACCAAUAUGGAGAAAGCGAUUUGCUGUUCAAAGAUGCGACUCAGUGUUUUGUCCACACAAGCCACAUGGACUACCGCUCCAUCCUUGGAGAAGAGUUUUACAAUUACUUAGAAACUGUCUUCAACUGCACACAUUCUGAUAUUUUGGAGUUUUGCAACCAGGACGUGUGCAGCAUAUUCUAAAGGACAUACUAAAGGAGCAGUUUUGCUUGCUACAAAUUGUUGUUGUUUUUUUGGCCAGUUUUAGUGCCUGCAAACCAUCCCUUGUAUCAUCCUGAUAUCAAUUAAAGCACUGAUGCAAGUAUGUUGGAACAGAAAAAUAAUACUGUUGGGAUACAGAUGUAACAUGAAGGUUUGUGUGUGAAAGCAUCUUUCAGUUCAUUGAUAAUAUUAGUGUAUUUGCCGACAAAAUAAAAUGAGAGUAUAACGAUAGCAUUCACAUGUGGUAUGAGCCUGUAAGCCCUACUUUCAUUGGAUUCACUCCAUAGCAGUGCUCGCUAAUGUUGCUAAGUACAUUGCUAACUAUUAACUGUAUAGUUAUUAUAAUAGCCCGAGGCUAGAUGG